AUGACUCAUGGGUCGAACCGGUCGCAAGCAGAGGACGGUGCGUUUGCCGAGUAUAUCGUUGUGAAGGCCGACGUCCAGAUCAAAAUCCCGGCGGAUGGGAGCUUUUCUCGGGCAGCAACCUUGGGACUCGGCAUGAUCACUGCAGGGCAAGGACUGUAUCAGGCGAUGCAGUUGUCCUGGCCAAGCAGUCAAGAAGGCAACAAGCAUGACCACAGUUCCCUUGGAAAAUACGUGCUCGUGUACGGCGGGUCUACAGGUUCGGCUCCCUUCGGGUGCUUUGGGAAUCCAGCUCUUGCGAGAGUACGAGCCCCUGUCACAUACUUACCGAUCACUACAUGUUCGAAGCAUAACUUUGACUAUGUCACUUCCAUCGGUGCAAAAGCUGCAUUUGACUAUCACGACACGGAUUGUGCACAACAGAUCUCCAAGUAUACCAACGGGUCACUUCACUAUGCGUGGGACUGCAUCUCAAGCGAGUCGAGCGCGCAGUUAUGUGCCGACGCCCUCACUUCUGGAGACAAUGAUGUCCGAUACGGAUGCCUUCUGCCCGUCGACUUUCCACGCAAGGAUGUGAAGGUCACUCAUACUCUGGCAUACACUGCCUUUGGGGACCCGUACGACAAAGGCUGGGCCAUAUUGGAAGAAGGCGACACGAAAGAUUUUGAAUUCGCGAAGCGUUGGGUUGCUGUUACAGAGCGGCUUAUACAAGAGGGUCGGAUCCAACCACAUACACCAAAGAUCGGGCAGGGAGGAUUAGAAGGGGUCUUGAAGGGCCUUGAGCUACUGAAGGAAGAUGCGGUUAGUGGACAAAAAUUGGUAUACGAGCUCUAA